AUGUUACAGGUCUUCCGAGAGUGGAAGAACGCCACUGACCCCACGGAGAAGAGGAUUCUUUUCGAGAUGCUCGAGAGCAUGCGUGUCGAUUUAGAGAUCGCGACGAGGAGGCUGGGGGGUUCCGACGUGGGCUCAGAUAGCACGAGGGUGGCGGUAGCGGCGGCGGCGAUGGCCACGAGGAGGGCGACGGCGAGCGGCGAUGAGGAGGGUGUUCGCAAAUCUCGCCCCUGCGGAGGAGCUGGACGAGGCAGCCGCAGCGGUAGUGGUGAAAGCGGAGGCAGAGGAGGAAUUAUCGAUGGAUGGGUGCCUUUGAGAGCCGAUGCGUACGAGAGAUUGGAUAAGAUUGGGCAAGGGACAUAUAGCAAUGUGUACCGCGCUCGUGAGCUGAAAAGCAACAGGAUCGUGGCAGUGAAGAAGGUUCGUUUCGACAAUUUCCAAGCCGAGAGCGUGAGGUUCAUGGCGCGCGAGAUCAUGAUUUUACGCAUGCUCGAUCACCCAAACGUGAUGAAGCUGGAGGGGAUUAUUACUUCCAGAUUGUCGUCUACGAUUUACCUAGUAUUCGAGUACAUGGAGCACGAUCUCGCGGGCCUCUUGUCGUGUCCCGACAUCACUUUCUCAGAGUCACAGGUGAAAUGUCUGAUGCGGCAGGUGUUGAGUGGGUUGGAUCACUGCCAUUCCCGGGGUAUAAUGCAUCGGGACAUCAAGUCAUCUAAUAUAUUGGUCAAUAAUCAAGGAGUGUUGAAGAUUGCCGACUUUGGGCUCGCUUAUUUCACCAGGCCUAAGACCCGGGACCCACUAACCAACCGCGUUGUCACUCUCUGGUACCGACCCCCUGAGCUCCUCCUAGGCUCCACCAACUACGGAGGCGAGGUCGAUCUCUGGAGUGUGGGUUGUGUCUUCGCUGAGCUAUUCAUGGGAAGGCCUAUUCUCAAGGGCCGAACUGAGGUGGAGCAACUGCACAAGAUCUUCAGGCUAUGCGGGACACCACCGGAGGAGUACUGGAGAACGUCCCGGCUGCCCCUGGCGAGUAUGUUCAAGCCACAGCAUCCAUACGACAGCACGCUGAGAGAGAGGUGCAGCGAGCUUCCCAAAGGCGCUGUGGAUCUCAUAGAGUCACUGCUUGCCAUACAGCCGGCCAAGCGCGGGACGGCUGCAUCUGCUCUCGACUCUGAGUAUUUCAAGAUGCGGCCGUACGCGUGUGAUCCGUCUAGCAUGCCGAAAUUCCCCCCAAACAAAGAGAUGGAUGCUAAAGCCAGAGAAGACGAGAGAAGGAUGAAAGGAUUUUCAUCAAACUCAAGGAGACUGCGAAAGGAAUCUAGUGACUUGUGCAAAGCGGUCGGGCGCAGGAACAAUAACAAACAGGCAUUGGACACGAAAUCGGACGUCUCGGCAGCAUCCAACAGCACGCAGGACUCAAUCACCAGCACUAAAUCCGUGCCCGUAUCCAUCGCUCAACACAGCAUCUCCGUCUCAAUAUCCCAGAAAUCGCUUGAACCUUCGCCCCUCCUAUCCGCUCGGUCUCAAAUAAGACUGCACCGCCCCGGAGGAUCCUUGGACUCCGCUGAAAUAUCAGAUAUGCCCCAAUUUUCCGAGAAUGAUCAACCUCGUCUUACACUUCGUAGAUCGCGUUUCCACAAAGAUUAAUUCUCUCUCCUCUCCAUUCCAAAUACGAACCCCCAUUUUUUGCUGACAACUCACACAGAAUGAACUUGUCCCUAUUUUCAUCUUCUGCAUUUCCAACUCAACUGUAUAUUCAUUCCUUUCAUUUUUCUUCUUGUAAUCACAUAACAUCAAAUGUAGUUUAGCUGAGUCUUUUUAACUCAGUAAUGGUUAGUGUCUCAGAUAAAUUUUUGGAUACAACAUGUAUUUGUGAAUUACUCCUGUAUAUGUAUGCAAACAUUAUCUAUAUCGGUAUUUUUGUUAAUACUAAAAAUACUUUGGAAAUUAA